GCAGUUAGCGCAUGCGCGUAGGAGGCACGCCCUUGUUUUCACGUCCAUAAUUCCUUAGCACGCCAUUUCUCUAAACAGUAAAUUUCACACCAGUGUUAAAAAGCUCUUUCUGACAUAUCUGACAGAUCCAAUAUGGUGGUGACAAUAAAAGUCGUGUACUGUGGUGGAUGAGGGUACGGGUCCAGGUAUCGUCGCCUGUCGGAGGAACUGACGGACGAGUUUGGGGACGAUAUUAAAAUGGAGGGGGAAUCUACACCUGGAAUAACUGGUUACUUGGAGGUCACUGUUAAUGGUGACCUUGUUCACUCUAAGAAGGGUGGCGAUGGCUACGUUGACUCUGAAGCUAAGCUAAAGAAGAUCAAGGACGCCAUUAGCGCCAAGCUGAAGUAAACAACUUCUUUUAAGACUCACACAUUUAACUUUGCAUACAUAACUGAAUUUCUGGUCUCUUGAAGGGAACUGCUCAAAGGAUACUCCUGGCAGCUCUCUGAUGCACCUAGCUAGAACUCAGUCUCUGUGUGCUAAGGUUGUGUGUGUUUUGAACUAUUGUAGUUUAGUUUUGUGAUUAUCUGUGUAGUUUCAUCAUUAUUUUUUUGAUUAAAA